AUGUGUCAAGAGCGAGAAACUCUCCAGACUGUCAGUCAGCUGACGACCCAGAGCGCCCGAGAGCUGAUAGACACUGUGGACAGACAUGCAGCAAAGGGCCGGGGGUUGGACUCGAACCCGGGCCUGCUGCUCUCCAUCCACGCUGCUCAUCCCACUGAGCUAAACCAGCGCCCCCUGUGGGUCAACCCGAGCCCUGAGUUCUGCCUGCCGGUGUCACCUGGAUACUGCUUUGGGCAGGUGUUUCCAGUCAUCAUCAUCGCCACCUCCUCGCCCUUAUCAUCAUCAUUACCCUCAUCUCCACAGCCGCCUCCUGUCAGUGUGCUCGGAGCAUUGGAGUUGGCCUUCUUGAAGCAGCCUGGUGAUAUCAUUGCGGUCAGGGACCGUCCCCUGAUGCUGGACUGUCAGGUGGAGGGGGAGGGGCCUAUCACUAUCACCUGGAGACGCAACGGGGUUCCCAUAGCGACUGGCACCAGAGCAACAGUGCUCAUCAAUGGCACGCUGCUCAUCAGAAAUUUCUCCAAGAGACGAGAGAGCAACGAGACGGACGCCGGAGAGUACGAGUGCGCAGCGCAGAACCGCUACGGCAUGCUGGUGAGCCGCAAGGCCCGCGUCCAGCUCGCAUCCCUCCCUAAGUUCCUCUCUCACCCAGAGUCCAUGAAUGUGGACGUAGGGGGUGUGGCCAGACUCACCUGUCAGGUGAAUGGUAUCCCAGAGGCCAACAUCACCUGGCAGAAAGACCGACGCUCACUGAGCACCGAUGACCACAGGUACACCUUGCUUCCUAACGGCGUGCUGCAGAUCACCGGCGUUCAGCAGACUGACGGUGGUUUGUUUCGCUGCAUCGCCUCAAACAUCGCCAACACUCGCUACAGCCACGAAGCCCAGCUGACUGUCACCGCUGCACGAUCCAGGAUCUACAAGGAGCCCGUCAUCCUGUCCGGCCCUCAGAACCUCACCAUCAAUGUCCACCAGACCGCCAUCCUGGAGUGUGUUGCCACAGGAAACCCCCGACCCAUCGUGUCCUGGAGUCGCCUCGAUGGCCGGUCCAUCGGCGUGGAGGGGAUCCAGGUUCUGGGAACAGGAAACCUGAUGAUCUCUGAUGCCACUCUGCAGCACUCAGGCGUUUACGUUUGUUCGGCCAACAGACCGGGCAGCAGGUCCAGGAGGACGGCACUUGGACGCCUCGUUGUACAAGCUCCUCCAGAAUUUGUUCAGUGGCCACAGUCUGUCUCCAGACCAGCAGGGGCCAGCGCUGUCUUCAGCUGCACGGCGUCCGGCGUCCCCGACCCCCACCUAAUCUGGCUGAAGAACGGCAAACUGCUGACGCCCAUCGGCAACGUCAAGCUCACCAACGGGAACACGACGCUCGCCAUCACCCGCAUCACCCCUGAUGAUGAGGCCAUCUACCAGUGCAUCGCCGAAAAUAGCGCCGGCACCAAUCAGGCCAGCGCUCGCCUUGCCAUCAGCCAGGGCUCAGAGCUGCCCGAGGCCCCCACUGGCCUCCAGGCGGCGCCGCUGAGCUCCAGCAGCCUGCAGCUCACCUGGGACCAGCCGGCAGAGCACGUGAGCCAGCAGAUCAUCGGAUACGUCCUGCACAUCAGGAAACUGGGCGAGCCGGACAGUGCAGAGCUGCAGGAGGCCGUCAGUAAAACCACCUUCAAACACGAAUUCAGCAACCUGGAAGCUGCCACCACCUACUCCAUCUACCUGAAGGCGUACUCGGCACUGGGAGGUAGCCAGCAGUCUGACAGCAUCAUGGCCAGCACGCUGGGCGGCGUUCCAAGUCCUCCCAGUUUCUUCACUAAGGUCCUGAACCAGACUGCCAUGCAGGUGUACUGGGAGCUGCCCAGCAAGCCGGGGAAGCUGGAGGGCUUUAGACUGGAGUACCGCAGUGUUUCCAACCCAGAAGUGCAGGGGCAGGAAACCUUCCCAGCACACAUCAAUACCCACACCAUCUCCCACCUGGAGCCGGCGGCCAUUUAUGAAAUCCAGCUGGUGGCGUUUAACGGGAACGGAGACAGUCCGUCCAACCGCCGCCUCGUAUCUCUGGCAGACGGAGAGAGAGCUGCAGCAGCUGGUUCAAGCUGUAACUGCGAUCAGUCUGACGGCUCGACAUCCGCUCUGCUGGUCGGCCUUCACAGUGGCCUCGCCUGCAUCCUCUGCUGCCUGCUGCUCGUCCUGCUGGCAUACAGACGCAAGUAAGGCCUUCACUAUCAUCGUCUUCAUCGUCCUCACAGCCACCACAACCAUCAUCGUCCUCAUCGUCCUCACAACCACCACCGCCAUCAUCGUCUUCAUCAUCCUCACAACCAUCACCGCCGUCAUCGUCUUCAUUGUCCUCACAACCACCAGCGCCGUCAUCGUCUUCACAACCACCACCGCCGUCAUCGUCUUCAUCAGACAGUUUUUUCUGCAGGAGGGGGGAGAGCUGGGAGACUCCACCCACUCUGAAUGGCGUCAGUGGUCCUAAAGGUCACACACCGGAGAGCUUCGAGCUCAGCCAGACAUGUGAUUCCACCCUUCCUCCAGUGAUGGUCAUGGUUGAACCUGCUCUACCUGUUCACCUGGACACAGGCACCAGAUAAA